UCAUCUGAGCGGACAGGUCGCGGCGACCGUGAAUCUGCCUGGCCCGCGCCUCAGUGGGAUCUCGGCGGGCGAUCCGUGCGCUUCCUGUUACAUUACAUUACACCCAAUACUGACCACGGACAGUGAUAUAGUGAUAUAUGACUCUAUUGUGAAUGUCCCAAAAUAUUACCGGAAAAACUGACUGCAGCAUCAGAUUACAAUGUAGACCUGCCUACAAGGCGGAGGAAAAUGAAAGAGGGCGGUCGCGAGGAGGAGCCGACCAACGCGGCGGAAGCGGCACCGGGCCUGCGCACCGAACACACCUGCUGCUGCCUCGGCGUGUUGGUAGGCGUCUCGCUCAUCGCCGCCCUCGUAGCCGUGAUCCUAAUGAAAGAUAACAACGUAGAAGUAACCGUCUUACGACAAGUACAUGUGCUAAUGUCCCAUGGUGAACGAACACCCAGUGAACGCGAGCUAGCGAUGCUGGGGACUCCGCCGCCGGACCACGUCUUCGCGCCCUACGGUGCCGGUGCUAUUACUAAUGAGGGCAAGAUGUUGACUUACGAGAUGGGCGCAUUACUUAGAAAAAGAUAUAAUAACUUCAUGGGACCUUAUUAUGAGCAAGAAAACAGCAUAGUGAUAGCGUCGAACACGAAUCUGAGCAAGAUGACAGCUCUCCUGAUAUCGGCGGGUCUGUGGCCGCCGCCGCAGGAGCAAGAGUGGAACGACACGAUCAGCUGGCAGCCGGUGCCCUACAAUUACCCGCCGAGUGAUAAGGAUUUCCUUCUGUAUGAAGAAAACUGUCCGAGAUAUAAUCAAGAAAAGGAGAGAAUUUUAGACGCAUACAUAAAAGAGGGCUUGUUGCUGCCUUACAAAGAUCUCUUCCACAAGAUCGCGCAGAUGACAAACAUCAACUACAGCACGCCGCAAGACGCUUACUAUUUAAACAAUUUGUUCCUAAUACAGGACGAUAUCAAAGUAGCGAACCCGAAAUGGGCGAAACAUGUGAAAAGAAAAUUGAUCGCGGCAGCGCAAGUGGAGUACCAGAUGAUGUUUCACGACAAUUUGUUGAAAAAGCUCAGUGGUGGGGCUCUCCUCCAACAAAUAAUAAAGGAGGCGUCCAACUCCAGCUGGCGUGUGAUAGUGCGCACGGGCACCCCCGUAAACGUGGCCGCUCUGCUGGCCGCUUGCGUGGCAGCGCCUCCGCGCAUGCCCGAUCCAGGCGCGGCGCUGCUUUUUGAAUUACACGAAAAGUUACCGCAACCGAACGAAAAGAAUACAUUGACGUAUGAGCAGCGGUUUGGUUUUAAGAUUUACUACUGGGACGACGAUUCGGCCGAGCCUCGCCUGAUGGAGGUCCCUGGCUGCAACGCUUUCUGCCCUCUAGAGACAUUCAAGGAACUCACCGCACUUAUGGUGCCGGUCGACUUUACCACGGAAUGCGAACUUGUUGCCACUUGAUACAUAUAGUGAAAUAGUGUAGUGUAUAGUGUGACUAAGUGCAUAAGGCUGUGGUUUGUAUUUAGAAUAGAAUAGAAUAGAAUUUAUUUAUUUGCCAGAAUACGUAUGGUACACGAUGACAAAGGUUUUACAUGUAAGUAUCAGUAUUCAGUCGAAGACACGACAUGCAAAUAAUUGACGAUCUAAUAGUUAAUUUUAAAAUAAAAUAAAAGCACAAUAUUGAAAAAACUUAGAAAAAUAAAAAACAGUGGGUAAAUUUGUCAUAGUUAAAAAAAAAAAUAAAAAAAUGUCAUCCACUUGUAACAAAUUGAAUAGGUAUUAAAUAAUAAAAUGUCCAAUUAAAUAGUAAAAUCGAUAAAUUAAAAUAUUAUAUGAAAUGUCAAAUUACAAAUUACAAAAUGGAUGUCGUGUACAUCAUUUAUUUAGAAGUCAUUGGGAAAAUAAUUUAAUAGUAAGAUGUCAAGAAAUAUACAUAAUCUCUGCUACUUAAAAUAUUAUUCUAUUUGCUUUAACAAUUUUUGCUCUAAAAAUUCCCUUACACUAUAAAAGCAAUUUUCAGACAGCCAUUUUGUAAUCUUAUUGCUAAAUUGGUUACUAUCAAUUUGUUUUAGCUCAUCGGGAAGACUGUUGAAUAUAACUAUACCAUUGUAUGAAUAUAACUAUACUUUAGUAUUGGGCUUUACGGCUCAGGUAAUAAAGCACAUUAUCGUA